UAUGCUGUAAGCUUGCUGCAUCUAAUAAAUUCAGGGAGUCCCAUUUGAUGUUGAUUUUUCAAAGCAAAAGUAGCAACUUGAAUUCACUCUAUGUAUAUAAAAAACUACUUGACUACCACCCAUACAUCCACUUUUUUGGCUCAUUUUUUCUGUCUUUAAAAAAUGGCAACCCCAGAAGAAUCCUCCACGUUAGAACUCAUAAGACAACAUCUUCUCGGAGACUUCACCUCCACAGAUGAGUUCAUCAGUCAUCUUGAGUCCACUGUAGCCAGUAUAUCUGUUAAACUAGAGAACUCCCUAUCUGGGUCUGAAUCCAACUCCCCAGUAUCAGACCAAAGUUACUAUAGCACCCAAGAAACCUUUAGCUUUGAAAUAAAAUCUGAAAUCAUAGAUUUGACACCUCCUGAACCCAUGUUUUCAGAUUCAAGUAAUCAGUCCCCACCACCUGAACUCGUAAAGAUGACAGAUAGAGAAGAGACAAUAUUAAGGCAUUACAGAGGGGUCCGAAGAAGGCCAUGGGGAAAGUUUGCGGCGGAGAUCCGUGACCCAACCAGGAAGGGUAGUCGGGUUUGGUUAGGUACUUUUGACAGUGAUAUCGAUGCCGCAAGAGCUUAUGACUGUGCUGCAUUCAAAAUGAGGGGCAGGAAAGCAAUCCUGAAUUUUCCUUUGGAGGCUGGACUGUCCAGCUCGCCUCCGGCCACGGGCAGGAAGAGGAGAAGAGUGAAGAGAGAGGAGGUGCUGCCAGAAUCGGUUGAUGUCUCGCCGGAAAAUUGGGAUGUAGAGUGGAGUGGAGAGGAAGUGGAGGGCUUUUCUGACGAGGAGCAACUGUCACCGUUAUCUCGAAAGCCAGUUUUGCUUACGUGUCAGUAGAUUAGUAGGCAAUGUUCGAAUAGGGCCCCGCAUACAAACCACGUUGGAUCGAAGGCCUUCAUCUUAGAAAAACAAAAAGGGACCAAGUUCAUCAAAGAAAAAAAGAUAUAACACCCUAUUACGCGAAUAAAGACUCAUCCACCAACGGAAUUCUCCUAAGGUUGAGCGUGUGGUAUGUUUGUGUAAUUAGCCGUACGUGUGUGAUUAGGAUAAUGUUACGAGUGUAAAUAAUGGCAGUAUCAUGAAUGAAUUGUCAAAGAAAAUCCAAUCCAUGGGUGCCAUACUUUCCGAA